UAAGAGCAAAACAAAACUUGAUUAUCCUUCAUUAUUGUUGUCACAUCGAGAAAAUACUAUGGAAACUAGAAGCUUUACACUCAAUCAGCUGAUAGAUAUUUCUCUUAGUACACCAGAAAUUGGGGUUGUUAACUUCAAAAUUCUUAGAACCGUUUUGAAAGUUAUUGUGAGAGAAUUAGACAUUCAUGAUAUAAAAGCUAGAGUCUUAGUUAAAGAUCUCCAGGAAGCAGCUACAUUCAUGUUGAGUGCAGAUAAAAGUUUUAUAAAAACAUCUCCAAAAGAAUCGAUUGCUGCAGUGAAAGAUGAGGCAUCAAAAAGAGUAGUUAAAAGUGAACAACAUGAGCCUUCAUUUAAAGAAAAUUCCGAAAUUAUAGAAGAAGAGAAAAUCGAAGAAAUGGAACUCGCAGUGAAAGAUGAAGCAUCAAAAGGAGAAGUUAAAAUUGAACAAUAUGAGCCUUCAUUUAAAGAAAAUUCUGAAAUAAUAGAAGAAGAGAAAAUCGAAGAAAUGGAACUCGCAGUGAAAGAUGAAGCAUCAAAAGGAGAAGUUAAAAGUGAACAACAUGAGCCUUCAUUUAAAGAAAAUUCCGAAAUAAUAGAAGAAAUGGAACUCGCAGUGAAAGAUGAAGCAUCAAAAGGAAAAGUUAAAAGUGAACAACAUGAGCCUUCAUUUAAAGAAAAUUCCGAAAUAAUAGAAGAAAUGGAACUCGCAAAUUCAUAUGAAAUCGAAAGUAAUAUAAAUAAUGAUGAAGGAAUCACCAAAGAUUUAAUAGUUACCAGCUCAACUCAUUCAGAAGUUUCAUCUAAAGAAGAAAUACAGGAAAAUGCAGAAUUUGGAGAAUCAAAAAUGGAAGAAUUAAGCGAAAAAAGUGGAUUUGAAUUCAUACAAGAACAUGUAUUGAGUAUCAUGUCGAGUUUAAAAGGAACCAAAUCUCAAAUUUCGUCUAUGGAGUUAAAAAGCACAGAUCAAGAAAAUACAGAUUAUAUUGAAUCAUCUAAACAGAUACGAAGAAAUGCAUCAGAUGAUAUUAGAAAGCGUUCGGAUACUUUUUGCAUUGGGAACAGAUGGUUAGUUUCAAACAUGUGGAAGACCGUGAAUUUUUCAAAGCGUAUUAAUGCUCUUGAAUCAGGUGUUGAAAAGAUUGUCUGUUCUUUGAAUGUUCACGCAAAAUCUAUUGAUAGACAAAGACGAGAAUUUGAAUAUAAGAAAAAAACAGAUAAUAUAAUCAAGAUUAACAUCGAAGAAAACAUUCUUCGUUUAUUAGACUCUAUUAAUUCUGUCAAUGCUAAAUUAGAAAUGUUUGUACUAUCAGAAGAAUAUCUAACAGACAAAAGUGAGACAGAUUCCACACUUUCCGAUAUAUUAACUGACCUCGAUAAAUUGCUACAAUUGAAAACAAAAAUGAAUGACUUGCUUUAUGGGGAUAGAAAUUUUGAAAAUGUUCGUAAUCAAGUAGAUGUGUUAGAAGAUAGACUCACGUUUCUUGAAAAAAAUACCGGCUUGGGCAGUGAAGAAAAGAGAUCAUUCGAUUUAGCAACUUUAGGUCGUUUGUAUGAAGAAUUAAUAGAAAAAGUGCAACCCAUAAUAGAAAAAUUUGAAAACGAUGAUUUAGGAGACGUAAAUAGUUCUAAUCUAGUGGGACAAGUUAUGAAUUGCCGAUUAGCAUUGAAAAAAUUAGCAGUAGAUGUUAAAAAACAAAAAGAUACUCUUGAACUGUUACAAUGUGAUUUAAACAAGCAAAUAGAUAAAACAGAAAUGCUUAUGUGUGUUCAAGAAAGAGGAUUUACUCCAGAGGACAAAGAAAUUUUCUAUGAAAUGCAAAAACGGUUAAAGAAUGUGGAAAAAGAUUGUGAACAGAUUGAAGCCAUAGAAGAAAUGCAAAGUGCAAUUUCAGAAAUAAAAUUCAUCAAGGCUAAUAAGGAUGAAACUGAAAACGCACUUAAAAAUAAAGCAGAUAUUCAAGAUGUGAAUGAGAAAGUUAGCAAGAAUGAUUAUGAUCUUAUGUUGAACGAUGUUACUAAUGGCUUGCAAGAGUUGAUGACUAAAUUUGCUUCUCAAGAACAAGAUGUACAAAGAAUGAUAAAAAAUUUAACAGACGGUUUAAAUAAUAAAGUAGACGCCAUUAGAUUAGAAGAUGUGUCAGAAAGCUUUCAAAAACGCAUAAAUGCUCUGGCUAUUAAAAUGAAACAAAUGAAAACUAUAAUGGAAUCAGAAGCACCUAUCCCCGCAGGGACAAAAUUACAAAUUGCUAAAUGUAUUUCUUGUGAAAGACCCACUAAAAUUCAUAAAUUUUCAUACGUUAGAAGUUCACCUUUUGAAAUAAAUGAAUUAAAAAUGAAUUUGAAUGAUUCACCAAUUGUUACAAUUAAUAAUAAAAAUUUUGUUCCAAAUACAGAAUACACUAAUUUAGGAAGAGCUGCUGGUGGAUUUUACACAACAUUCGAUUCUGAAACCAGAAAAUUUCCAUCAAUUAAUAAAGAAAGAAAUUUUUCUGGUCACUAUAAAUAAAGAAACAAAAUAAUAUCUACACAAAU